AUCCACCACAGCGGCUACGUUCUACCAAAUAUUUGGCCUCUGUUUAAUAACAAGCUAAUUACUUAAAACAAAGAUUAUAUCAGAUCAGAAUGGACAUUUUGCACAUCAAACACGUCUAGGGAAAAAGAUAAAUAAAAAAGAUCACCAUUUCUAUUUGAAAAAAUUAGAAUCUGUCACAUGGUAUUUAUUAUGGAUGCUAACAACACCACCGGAGAUGGUUUCGUCGAUGCUAGAAACACCACAGGAGCUGGUCCAUCCCACGACUCCAUGUACAAACAACCCAUUGCCAUCAUGUACCUGCUGGCAGUCGCCUACGGUCUGGUCUUCCUGCUGUGCAUUAUGGGUAACGUCCUGGUGUGUGUGGUGGUGGCCAAGAACAAAAGCAUGCGCACUGUGACCAACUAUUUCAUCGUCAACUUGGCCGUGAGUGACCUCCUGGUGGGGUUGGUGUGUACCCCCCUCACCUUGGUAGACAACCUUACUAUUGGUUGGAUGUUCGGAGAAGUAAUGUGUAAGCUGAGCCCUAUCGUCCAGGGGAUUUCAUACGCCGCCUCUGUCUUAACCCUAGUGGCCAUCGCUGUCGACAGAUAUCUGGCCGUGAUCACACCAACGGAAAGCAAGCUGACCAACAUGCGCACCUUCGUCAUCAUCAUCGUCAUCUGGCUGUCAGCAGUGGCCAUGAUGUCACCACUGGCCUUUGUCACCCAGUAUGACGCAGAAAAGAACGUGUGUGACGAAGAAUGGGCUACUCAAGACGGACAGAAAAACUACACCCUCGCUCUCUUCGUGCUGUGCUACGUGGCCCCUCUCACCGCCAUCACAGUGAUGUACAUCCGCGUGGCCGUCCGUUUGUAUCAAUCCACCAUGCGAUCCAGCGUGCAGGGGGCCAUCCAGAGGGGAGUCGGGUCAAAACGUGCCAAGCUCGGGAACAAAGUCCGCGUCUUCAAGAUGCUAGUGGUGGUCGUAGUCCUGUUCACGCUCCUACACCUUCCCCUGCAUACGGUCACCAUGCUAGCCGACUACGCGGACCUUGGGUUUGAGGACACAAAGCGGCUGUACUUCUACGGCUUCCCCGUUGCACACUGGCUGACUUUCUUCAACAGCUGCGUCAACCCCAUCGUCUACGGCUGUAUGAACAGGAACUUCCGAUCGGGGUUCGCCGCAACUUUUCCCAACGCCGCCAACAAGAUCUUCAACCACGACUUCCUGCAUCUGUCCAACAUCUCCAACCUCUUCGGGAAGCGGACGAACGACCUGAAACAUUCGAACGAGGAGAGCCCGAAGAGCGGCAACAAGGGGCCGACUAACAGACGAGAGUCUGCGGAAAUGGUGGUCAUGGGGAACGAGGUUACCAAGACGCAGAAUGCAACAGCGUUGACCACUAUGGGAUACGCAACGUGGGUCAGUCAGCUGUAAACCAGAACGUCAACGAGAAGACUGGAGAUUGCUCAUCCACUUCGGACAAGCUAUUUGCAGUAAUAGUACGAAAAUUACAAAAAUCAUGCGUUUGAUGACUACAAAACAGAAGGGAAUAUGAACAGCAAAUGAAGAGUGAAAGAGAACAUUAUCUUGUCAAACAUACUAUACGAUGACAGCUUAUAGUUCCCUGUAAACACGACAUGGCCUAAUAGAACUUUAUCGAUGUUUAUCUAAUUUAGGAUUAACUUCACUAAUGGUGCGAUUGUCGUACGGUUGUCGCACGAUUUUGAUGCAAUAUGAUUUUCUAAGCAGUCUGUGGCAGAAGCAACCAUCUACAAUGAUCUAAGACAGUUUUGUACAGCAAGACAGGUGAAGUUUGUCUCACACAUGAAUAAUUGUCCCAAAAAUGCCCUAAGAUAACAAUCUUACGAUGAUUUCACCACAGAUGCGACCGCUUCAUAACAUAAGAUUUGAUCUAAUGCCUAGAUUAAGUAAUUUUGAUUGCCAUAGUACUUAGCUUUGUUGUAGCUUUGGUUUUGGGGUUCAUUGUAUGUAUUCAGUACGUAGUAGUAUAAACGUGUUUGGGCAGUCAUAUAUAUAUUUCAGUCUUAUUUACGAAGAGUGGAUUCUCAAUGUAUCAAGAGCUUAAGCGUCGUUUGUGCACACUUAUAUCUAAUGAAUCUGCUUGUAAAUCUUUGCAAAGAAAAUAUAAUAAUCUGAUAGAUUGUUAUAUAAGCAGGUUUACUGAUUGCACAAUUCCAGUGCACUAGAUUUUCAAAGAUCUUAUUGGUGAUCAAGGAUUUUAUCAAGAACAUCAUAUAUUGAUUUUAAGAAAAAAGAAUUUUAUUAGAUACACUAGAUUUACAAGUAUGUUAUUAAUAAUCAAGUUAAAAUAUGUUUUAAAAGAGUAUGUUAUAUCAGAUAAAGUAGUAUGUUAUAUCAGAUGAAUGUGUAACGGUGUUGUUCAGAACUAAGUGUCUUAUAUGAGACAAUGCACUAUGGCUACCUGUACAAUCACUAACACACAUGUAAACACACAGGCAGACAGACACACACAUGUAUGUAUUCACACAUUUGCAUAAUAUAAAACAGAGCUGUGCGAUACAUAUUCU